AUGUCGUUACAAGUUCCUAGGAAUGGAAAAGUUUGUGUGAUUGGUAGCGGUGUUGCUGGGUUGACGUUUUCGUAUCUGUUGAACCAAUUAAGACCGGAUGUUCAUAUUGACAUCUAUGAGAAACAGGAGCGGAGUGGCGGGUGGCUGAACUCGCACCAUCGCGAAGUCAAUGGUUCCAAAGUGAUGUUGGAGAGGGGUCCUCGGACUUUACGAGGCAAGAGCGAUGGUAGUAUUGUAAUGAUUGAUAUUAUGAGACGAUUAGGUCAAUUGAGCCAAGUGCAGUAUGUAGGAAAGAAGAGCCAAGCAAACCGUCAAUUCUUGUUAAAUGGACAGGGCCGACUAGUGGAAGUGCCCAAGAAUUGGACACAAUUUGCCAAGUUUGUCAUGGACCCGAUCAGUGGGGGAUUGGUUCGUGGCAUGGCCCAUGAUUUGUUGCAUUGUAAGAGACUCGACAGGAAGACGUAUGAGGACGAGAGUGUGGGACAGUUACUUGCAAGACGGUUUGGCAGUACAGAAAUUGGAGACCGGAUCAUCAGCGGGAUCUAUCACGGGAUCUAUGCUGGGGACAUGAACGAGAUGAGUAGUUUACAUACGGGGAGACGUUUUGUGGAAGAUGAGAUGAAAUACGGCUCGUUUGUUAGAGGGAUGUUUAGUGGUCUGGGAGCCAAGCCUUCCGAAAUUCUGAGUGGGGAAUUGAUGGAGUAUAACCGGUCGAUUGGUGGGCAAACACAACACAACUGGACAGAGUUCGCACGCAGGGUCAAGCAGAGCGCAAUGCUAGGGUUUGCGGGCGGGCUGGAACAGUACCCGCUGGCGCUGCGUGCGUAUCUUGAGAAGCAACAGCAGGUACGGCUCAGACUUGGCCAGGCGGUGGCCAGUGUGUUGCCCGGCACAGGGCAGAACGUAGUGGUUAACGGGGUCCACUACGACCACGUCCGAAGCACGCUGAAUCCCAGUGCGAUGGCGGCUAUCUUCCCAGAGAUCCAAGGGCUGCAACACGGUGAUUUCAAGAGCGUGAGUGUCUACAUCAUGAACGUGUAUGUACCGGGAACGAACCUCAUACGAGACGCCAUUGCAGGGUUCGGGUAUCUGGUUCCACAGCGGUCGAGCCAAGGAGACGGCCUCCUGGGCGUGAUUUUUGACUCUGUCGUGGAGCGCAACUAUCUAAACUGGCAAACACAGCUGCCCAGACACCAAGACGAUUGCACCAAGAUGACGUUGAUGGUCGGGGGCCAUUACUUGAACAAAGGAUUGCACCUCGACCUGCACAAAUGUCUCGGCCAUGUCAGCAACCAUCUGGGCGUGGACCUGGCGGCAUACAACCCGGUCACUCAGAACCUGCUGGCACGUGACGGCAUCCCUGUUUUCGACGUGGGCUUCGACAAGAAAGCUGCACGGGUGGUUGAGGAGUGCACGAGAUUGUACGCCGGGCAUGUGACUCUGGGCGGUGUCGGGUUUGCCAGGGGCCCAGGUGUGCCGGACGUGGUGAUGCACGAGCUGGCCGCAGUGCUCCACGCCUAA